UGACAUGGGGCGCGUUCUUGCCACUCGCGCCAGUGUCGCACAGUUCCUGACGCGCACCAUCGCUGCUCUCCUCCCCCCACCAUCUCCCACCAGAGUCAUGGCUCUGCAGGUCGACCUCGUCAUCACCUUCAAGACAUCCUCGAACGCGAAGAGGGUCACCAAGGAGGACGUUCGCCAAGCCGAGGAGCAGUACGCCCACCUCAUCAAAACCCUCAAGAAAGCUGGCCUCCUGGCCGUGGGGCGACGGGGAGAAUCCCUGGGAGACCUUCUCGUUUUCGUAAAAUGCCCGGAGCAAUUGCUGAAUAGCUUGGUUCGACGCGAACGGCAUUCCGACUUCUUGUCCGGCCUGCCCACGAACCCGACUUCUGCCGCCAGCGACGCCAGCCACCUCUGCCCCGCGGACCGAAUCCGCAUCGUACAUGCCUACAUCGCGUCCUCUCAAGUUGAUGGUGGCCUCGGUAUCAACCCAGGCGUGCCAGAAUGGAGCAAAGUCGACUCUAUCAUGACCCUGCACGACCCCGAAUUCAACGAAAUGUGGAUAUCUUCCUGGACCAAGCAGAAGGUCGAUGACGCAGCGAUUGAGAGCUUGCGGCAGCAGUUUGGCGAGUCGGUCGCCUUAUAUUUCGCGUUUCUGCAAGCGUAUAGCCAUGCGCUUGUCCUCCCCGCUGCUCUGGGAGUAGCGUUCUUCUUCCUGGGCGAAUCGUACUCCCCUAUCUAUUCCACUCUCCUGCUCUUGUGGUCCAUUGGAUUUGCCGAAUGGUGGAGGGUGAAAGAGAGAAUCAUCUCCCUCCGCUUCGGCAGCCGGGGCUCCUUCCGCGUCGAGCGACGCCGCGCCCAGUAUAACCCCGGCUUCCCCUGGUGGAAGCGGGAGUUGAGGAUUUUGGCUAGCAUCCCUCUCAUCACGCUCUACGCCUUCAUCCUUGUUAUCAUUCUCACGGCUAUCUUCGUUUUCGAGGCCUUUGUGACCCAUCUGUAUCAAGGCCCUGGACAGAAGAUCCUAUCCUUGAGCCCAACGAUCCUCUUCGCCCUCUUGGUGCCCACAAUCAUGGGCGUCUAUCGCAAGACCGCUACGCGCACGACUGACUGGGAGAACCACGCGCACCAAUCGACGCACACCGCUUCGCUCACCUUGAAGACCUUUGCCUUGUCUUCCUUGGUUGCGUACCUCGGUCUCGCGCUCAGCGCCUUCCUUUACGUCCCAUUCGGCGAGGAGAUCAUGCAGAUUGUUCAGGUUCUCCUCUUCCACGAGAAGUACGGCGGUGCCGGGGAGAAGGAGGGCUCCUUCUGGGACGCGGACACCGCAACCGCGAAGGAGAAGCUGAACCCAGGCCGGCUGCGCGAUCAGAUGUUUGCCUUCACGGUGACGAACCAGGUCGUAAACACCUUCCUCGAGGUUGGGCUGCCCUUCAUCAUGCGCGCCGUCGCGAACUUCCAGAAGAAGGGCGACGGGAAGAAAGGCGAGAAGGACGCCGCGAAGCCGGCGGAUGAUGCGUCGGUAUCGGGUCGCACCAGCCCCUCGAACGCGUCGACCACGUCCUCGUCAAUCAGGAAGAAAGUCGUGUUUGACGACGAGCGGGAGCCCGGUGCCGGCGAGGAGCGCGAGUUCCUCGAGCUGGUCCGCAAGCAGGCCGCACUCCCCGAGUACGACCUCUUCACCGACUACAGCGAGAUGGCGACCCAGUUCGGCUACGUCGUCAUGUGGUCCACGAUCUGGCCGCUCGCCCCCGUCAUGGCGUGCAUCAACAACUUCUUCGAGCUCCGCUCGGACGCCUUCAAGAUGACCGUCCACCACCGGCGGCCCAUCCCCGAGCGCACGGACACCAUUGGGCCCUGGCUCGAGGUCCUCUCCUUCAUCAACUGGCUCGGCACGCUCACGAACGCCGCGCUCGUCUACCUCUUCCACCCCGCGUCCCCGCGCACCGCGCGCCUCUUCUCCACGCUCUCCUCCUGGCUCGAGGCCUCCGAGGGCGCGCAGGCCGCCACCGCGCACGGGCUGCUCACCAGCGCGGUCAUCAUCGCGCUGAUUGCGUCGCAUGUGUAUGUGGUACUGAGGACGGUGGUGCGGCAUGUGGUGGACCGCGUGGUGUGGCAUGGGAGCAAGGAGGUGCGGGAGUGGGAGCAGGAGGAGAGGGAGAUGAAGGCGAGACUGCUGCAGGCAGAGCUGAAGGCGGCAGGGCAGGAGCAGUCGGCGGAGCUGAGCCCGCGGUCGCCGACGGCGGAUGACGACCUGGGUGCGCUGAAGGACUUCUGGGAGCACGAUGACGGGCUGGAGGAGAUCCAUCGCUUGUCGAAAGAAGCGUGAUCAGCUGUCACGGGUAAAGGAGAAAGCGUUUGUUGGCAUGACUGUAUGUAAGGACUGGCGAAGAAGUGCGUGCGUUCCUUUACCGAUUGAGCUGUGAUUGUACAACAAGGACUAUUCCACUAUAAGUACAUUAGAAUCGAGGGCUUCUGCUUGUAUACAUAUCGUCUUGCGUGUUAUGCUAUCCGUAGUUUGUUCGUCCGAAAAAUUGGUGCUGAGCCGCGCUCGAAAGCGAGGGUGCAGGGCAGCAAUUCGAGUGCAUAAUUGGAAGGGGUCUUGGGGUAUAGAGGAGCUCAGCUCUCCCGCCUGACGCUGUCUCCGGCGCG